AUGAAUUCCCUGGUAGCUCUCGUGCUCCUGGGUCAGAUUAUAGGAUCUACACAUGGCUAUAUGGUGAAGGAGGAGGAUUUGAAUUGCAACAGCAAAGGCGCUAAAUACCGGGCAGAUCAAGCUGUGCGCUACAUCAACGAGCGUAAUCUACAUGGAUACAAACAAGCCCUCAAUGUAAUCAAGAUUAUCCGUCUCCUUCCCUCGGGUGGUUUUUCGGUGAUAAUCUACCUUAAAUUAAAUCUUCUGGAGACAGAAUGUCACGUGUUGGAUUCCACUCCUGUCGAGAAUUGUACUGUAAGGCCACAGUAUAAUCAUGCUGUUGAAACAGACUGUGAUGUCAAGAUAAUCUACAAUAUUAUGACUUUCAAAGAUGAGUUUCUUGUGAAAUGCCACUCCACUCCAGGUUCUGUGGAAAAUAUACUGCGAGAUUGUCCUAAAUGUCCAAUUCUGUUGUCUCCGAAUGACCCUCACGUGGUAGAUGUUGAAUAUGUGCUUGAGAAACACAAUGCAAAACUUCCCGGCCACAUUUACGAAAUUUUUGAGAUUUCAAGAGGGCAGCACAAAUAUGAGCCUGAAGCUUACUAUGUGGAGUUUGUUAUUGUGGAGGUUAACUGCACUGCUCAGGAAGCCCACGAUGACCAUCAUCAGUGCCAUCCUUAUACAGCAGGAGAAGACCAUAUGGCAUUCUGCAGAGCAACUGUUUUCAGGUCAUAUGCUAGCCUGGAAAAACCUAAAGAUGAAAAGUUUGAGUCGGACUGUGUCAUCCUUGAUGUCAAGGAGGGACACGCUCACUCCCAUUUGAUUCAGCAGCACAUUGAAAAAAACAGUAUUUCCCCAGAACACAACAUUACUAUCCUCAACUUCGUCCAUCCACACAAUCAUACAAGCACCUCACAUGAGUCUCAUGAACAUGUGGCGGAAGUCCCAGUUGCUUUCGUCAAGAAAGAACUCCCAACAGACAUAUCAGAUCAUCACACAACCCCUGUGAAAGGUUGUCCAGGAAAAGUACAUCACUUCGAGCUGUAG